AUGAAAUUGUGAUUUCCUUCCACCUCUCUUCUUUCAUCCGUCUCCCUCCUUUUAUCUAUCCCUUCCCUUGUACCAUCUGUUAUGUGCUACAAUUUUCUUUCAAAAAAAAAUUAGUGAGCACGUUAAAAUCGGGUACAAAGUUAAAUGAGUAUGUUUUUUUCCUUAGAAACCAGAAAUUGAGAAAGAAUGUCAUGAAAUCUCCGAAAACAACAAUGGCGAAGAGAAGCCACACGACCGAAUUGGGGUGCAUAGCGUGCGAAGAGCUCAGCGAAUUGGGCACCGGCAAGGAAGGCUGGCUCGUCGACAACCCAAACCUUCUCUGCGCCCUCGACACCCACUCCCUCGCCCUCGCCAACCGAUCCCUCAUUCUCACUCUCUCCUGGUCCCACUCUGAUUCCGAUUCUUCCCGGGUCAAGAUCCGACCCGAUUUGUCCCCCAUCGAGGCCGAGUUCAUCUCCGCCGUCGAAUGGCUGGUCUUCGAUGACAUUCGGGCGAUCGCCGUCGGCACCUCUUGUGGGUAUCUCCUGAUUUACUCUUUGGCCGGGGAGUUGAUUCAUAAGCAGUUUAUAUAUCCUGGACGGGUUUUAAAGUUGAGAGUUCGUGGAACAAAGAGAGAUUUGAUCGAAGAAACAUCCUCAGAGGAGGUUUGUGUUGUUAUGCCAGGUGUAAUUGCUCGUUUCUAUGGCUCUGAAAUUCAGAGUAUGCUGCAACAAUGGUACCAUGAUUCAAGUUCUCGAUUUUGGGAUAAAAGACCUAGAAAGCAAGAAUCUGAUGAUUUUGGAAAUCCUUAUGGGAGAUUGUCCUUCCAGCUGUGGAACGUCAGCAAAUCUGGCACUUGUGCUGAUGCCGCAAUUAGUGGAAUGAUGCCUCCACCACUGAUGGAGCUUCAGUCAAGUCAGCGCUAUUACUGUGCAAUCACUGUCGGAGAGAAUGCUGUGAUCUCAGCCUUCAGGCUGUCAGAGGACAAAAGUAGGUCUUUAGUGGGAGCUAUCAUAUCUAAAGUUGUUCCUGCAGCAUUUUCAACAAUAGCUUCCUUUUCUAAAAUGAUUUGGCGGAGUGAACAAAAUUCACCGAGAAAAUCAAAUAUAAAGCCUCAAGCUUUUGCUCGAGCUUCUCCGUUGACAUCUUUGAAGGAUUAUCCAAGAAAAGGUGAGAAGCUCACCUUAUCGCCUAGUGGCACAUUGGCAGCAAUUACAGACUCACUUGGUCGUAUAUUGCUAUUAGACACUCAGGCACUUGUUGUAGUGCGAUUAUGGAAGGGAUAUCGUGACGCUAGCUGUCUAUUCAUGGAGAUGCUUGUCAAUCGAGAUACUGCCGCUUCUAGUUCCAAUUACUAUGAACCUGUGAAGAGUGAUUACUGCUUGUGUUUGGCUAUUCAUGCCCCCCGAAAAGGCAUCAUUGAGUCAGUCUUCUUGAAAAAUAAUCCUCUGCCAGGUGAUCCUUUGAGAUACCUAAGUAUCUUGUAUACUGCCUCCAAGUGA